UUUUGUGUGGCUUGGCUCCAAAAGCUGUUUAAAUAGCAAAAGUCUUUAAAAUUUUCUCCUCUAUUCCCCUCUCCGGCUCUCCGUCGAGAUUCCGCAAACUUAUUUUUAGGGUUUAGCAUAGCUUUUCAUAAAGAGAGUAACGCAACAGUUAGUUCAGUAUUUUGAAUCGUCACCUUGAAACCAGAUCCAAAGUAUGAAUCAUAUCGCGAUUUUGUGGAAUCUGAUGUAUGAUGUUCUGUUUGCGGUUCUGAAUUAGCAGAACCACUGAUACUAAGUGUGGGAAGGACUGCCAAUUUCCAAGGAUAUGAUGGAUUCAGAAAGGUCAGGUCAAAUUAAUUUCUUCUUUUGGAAAUUGCUUAUCAAUUCCGAUCGAUGCAUGCAAGGUGGUUAUUCAAUUUGAAUUGGGCUGUUCCUUUAUGCUUGGAUAAAGAUCUGUGGGUCGCAAAAGAAAGAGGGAGGAAGGCUCAUGUUAUGGAGGGACACCUGAAGAUGCUGAGGGUAUCAGAGGAUUCACGUCAAUCACUUGAGAAGAUUAGCACAGCUGCAGUAGAAUGUAGAAAUCUCUGGAACAAUAAAAUCUCAAGUUCUGGAAAUCUGGUGCCACUGUCUGAGUUUCAAAAGCUGUUAGAAAGUCAUGGGCUGUUAUGGCACAAGAAUAUUGUGUCUGAGAAAGGUGUGGACGUCACUCCUAACCAAUUAAGAAGCCGGAUCGAUCGGAGGCCAUAUGAUCUGUCGCGCUUGCUUCCAGAUUUAACUUCAGAGUCACUCUGGGAAAAAGCAACUGAAGACUUCUUCAAGGUGUGUCGUAUAUGUCAUGAGCUUGAAAGAAAUUUCAACCGAGAGCAGCAAUUGUUAGGUAGGUCUUGUGGUCGCAACAGUGACUUGGGAGAAUUUCCACCAGCUGAAUGUUCCCAUGUUUUUCUUCCCUCGAAAUCAAUGAAGCAGUUGGUUCUUUCAAACAUUAAAAGAUUAGAUCAGUUGCACUGUGUUCUCCAGCGGAAAAUUGUUGGUAAAAGUUCUGUUACAGAAAAGCUGAUUGGUUGUUUUUACGAUGUACUCAGUAAGGGAAAAAUGAUCGAGAAGGAAUAUUUUGAUGGUUUAGAGCAUAAGAACAAGUUGCUGCAAGAAACUGGCAGUCUUGUUGAUAAUGAGGUCAUAUCUGAAAUUGAAUUUGCCAAGUCUGUCAAGAAAACGGUAAAGCAGAUUGAUGAAGCAGUUCAGAAACUAGUUUCAUUAAGGGAUUCUAUUCUUUCUGAAGACUCGCCUCACCGAAAUAUCGCUUUAUGGAGAGUUCUAUAUGAAUCAUCCUUGGUGAAUCUUCAAUUGGAUCUUAUAUAUGAAAACCUUGGCGGAACAAUCAAAUUCGGGGUCAAACUAUUAGAUAAUGCUCAGCCCAGAUACUCUGACAGAUUUGAAUCAGCUUCAUGCGUCAAUUGUUAAACUAAUUGGAUCUUGUAACGGAGUCUUACUUGACUUUUUAGCCAUGCACAAAACAGUGGCAGAAGUGACUUGCAUGAUAGCAGAACGCGAUGUAGUUUUACAACUAUUACUGGUAGUUUUAUUGGCACUUUAGAAGAGGAGGGCCUGGAUUUCUCGUUUGAGGAAGACGCGGAUAUUUGCGAUGAUGUUAAGGAUGACGAUUAUGACUGGGAAGAGCUGUUGUCAUGUAUGUCAUGUCAGGGGGGGUUGCUGAUAACUUUGAUGACGGCUUAGAGUUUGAUUAAUAGAGCAACAAUCAAAAUUCAUGGCAAUACACUGAUGAACCUAGAUUUUGCUCAAUGUAAAGCUUCUAAUAGAAGAGCCUGCUGCCUGCUUUGUGGUGUAAAGAAAACUUUUACUCCAAACUUUGUGGUUGUGGAGUAUAUUUAUAUACAAACACUGACUUUUUUUUCUUCUUUCUUUUCGUUUUAUAGAUUAAAUAAUUGAGCAUCCAAAUUGUAAAAGGCUUUUCAGGUGUAAUGGUUGUGUGGCUGGUUAUUUUA